UUAGUAUCAUUCAAACACAAAAGCAAAUUAUUACAUCUCUCCUGUCUAAGCUCCUCUGUUUCUUUCUUUAUCAUAGAGUCUUAUAGAAUGGCAGCUCAAGCAUUCUUCUUUAGUCUCGUACUUUUCAUUAUUCAGCUACAGUUGCUUGGAACUACAGCUGACUAUGGAGGGUGGCAAAGUGCUCACGCCACUUUCUAUGGUGGCGGUGAUGCCUCGGGCACAAUGGGAGGAGCAUGUGGUUAUGGGAACUUGUACAGCCAGGGGUAUGGAACGAACACUGCAGCUCUAAGCACAGCCUUGUUCAACAAUGGCUUGACCUGUGGUGCUUGUUACGAAAUGCGAUGCAAUAAUGACCCCAGGUGGUGCCUCCCUGGCACCAUCACUGUCACAGCUACAAACUUUUGCCCCCCAAAUUUCGCAGAGGCUAAUGACAAUGGUGGAUGGUGCAAUCCUCCACUCCAACAUUUUGAUAUGGCAGAACCAGCUUUCCUCAAAAUUGCUCAAUACCGCGCUGGAAUAGUCCCCGUGUCCUUCAGAAGAGUGCCCUGUGUGAGGAAAGGAGGAAUAAGAUUCACAAUCAAUGGCCACUCUUACUUCAACUUGGUCUUGAUCACCAACGUGGGUGGUGCAGGUGAUGUUCACAGUGUCUCAAUCAAGGGGUCUAAAACUGGGUGGCAAGCAAUGUCAAGGAACUGGGGACAAAAUUGGCAGAGCAACUCAUACCUUAAUGGUCAAAGCUUGUCUUUUCAAGUCACCACCAGUGAUGGUAAAACUGUGACAAGCUUCAACGUGGCGCCUGCCGGUUGGCAGUUUGGUCAGACCUUUGCAGGGCCUCAAUUUUAAUUUUUCCAUUUGAAGUUUGGAUUUGGAGGUAGAGAUAUAUAGUCAAAUCAAUAUUUGUAUAUCUAGUUAAAUGUGCCUUUUGCAAUUGUAACUUGUAAAAGAGCCAGAGAGUGUGUACUGUGGAGUGGCUCCCUUCUGCUGUGGUGGCUAAAUAGCACCCGCUGGGCCUUUCACAUAUUUAGUUUUGAGAAUUUGAUUCUCUCAUUCAAGUUAUAUAUGUAUCAUAUUUGAUGUUUCCUAA